CGACACAGCUGUGUCACGUGUCAACUUCCGGUCACAGCUCGAACGGGCCGCUGGGAAGCGCCUGAGCUAAACGAACAUGCGUGCGCGUCAUGCGUGACGUAGCUGUCCACACCCCGGUGCGGUCAGUCCCUUGGAGGGUGGGGGAAGUGAGGGGAGAGCUCACAGAGUGCCUGUAACAUGGCGACGGAGGGUGCGAUCAUCCCGCAGCUAGUGGAGAGUAUAACACAGAGCAGCAGCCCCUCCACUGCUACCACUUGUAGCGUAACCAUGGCGGGGGGGGACAUUAGUAGUAGUGCCCACUCCACCAUCCCCUGCCACACAGAAGUUGUACUGGAUGAGAAAACCAAAAAAGAGCUUUUUACAGACACCUUUUGUAGGGUGUGCGGGGCCGUGUUACAGUUUGAAGCUCACAGAAACGCACAUUAUGAGGGUAAAAGGCACGCUCAGAAAGUACGCCUGUAUUUCCUAAAACAAGAGCUGGAAGAAUUGACUUACAAGAAAAAACAGAAAGUGGAUCAUGUUGAGUUUCAUGUGGAUAAAGGCUUAUCUCUAGACAAGAACAAGUUCUGCAGCCUCUGCAACAUGGUGUUCAGCUCUCCAGUGGUCGCCCAGUCACAUUACAUUGGGAAGAUUCAUACCAAGAAGCUAAAGCAGACAACUGGAGAACAGACCGAUUGGUCAUUGAGCCAAGAAGAGAAUGCCCAGUCAGAGACAGCUGUCACCGAGUCCAAUGACACAUUGUCUCCUCUGACUGAGAAAUCCAACCAGCAGGACACCAGUGAAGAUCUGCCCUGUGGUGAUAAUGCAAUUGACCUGAGUGACCCAAACAAGUACUGCAAGCUCUGCUGUGCCUCCUUCAACAAGCCUCUGGUGGCCCAGCAGCACUACAAUGGAAAAAAGCAUGCUCGCAACGAAGCCCGCAGGAAAAUGAUGGAAGAGAUGGGGGAUACUGGGGUCCCGAUGGACUCUGGGGGUGAAGGAAUAUUUGUGUGUCCAAUCUGCAACAUCACCCUGACCUCAAUAGAGAUGUACCAGUCCCAUAUGCAAGGGAACAAACACCAAAUCAAAGAGAAUAUGGUGGCUAAUGUAAUGAGAACGGCAAAGAAGUCAUAUGACUCUUUUCAAGAUGAAUUAGCAGAUUAUAUAAAAGUACAGAAAGCAAGGGGGCUGGAGCCCAAAACCCAGCUUAGGCAAAACAAGGAUCAAUCUGAUAGCUGUGAGGAAGAAGAACCUGUGCCUGCACCUACUCAUCCUAAAGCUAAUCCUGUGGUCUCAUACAAGUAUCCUCCCCCUCCUCCUCCUCCUCCCCCUCCCCCCCAUCCCAUGCCAUAUCCUGCAUACGGUCCACAUCAUCCACCUCAUCCAAGAUUGGCUGGCUGGGAUAAGCCUUACUGGCCUCAAAAACCGAUGCCAAAAUUACCCAGCAAAGCUAUCCCGCACAGAAAACACCCUCGUUCCAGCCCAGACUCCAGCAGCGAAUCCUCCUCCUCCUCAGACGAAAGCAGCAGCUCCUACAAGAAGGAGAAAAGACACAAAAGAGAACACAGAAGCAAAGAGCGGAAACACCACAGCAAAUCCAGACGAGAAAAUGGGAGCAGCGAGAGGAAAAAACGGAAAACAGAAGAUUCCGACUCUGGGAAAGACGACGGCGAGCGAGAAAAGAAAAACGAAGAGGGGUCAGCGGACAAGUCCAAACACCGUAAAGACAAGAAGAAGAAGGAAGAGUCGUCUGCAGACAAAGACAGCAAGAAACACAAAAAGACUAAAAAGAUUGUGGACCAAAGAACGGAAGAAGAGCUGUUGUGGGAUGAGUCCAUACUGGGAUUCUGAGAACUUGUACAAUAAAUAGUAGUUAAAAAUGUUACUAAAAAAAACUUUCUAUGCUAAACGUCCUUCAGAGAAUCAUGGGUCCAGGACGAUGGGGCGAGAUUAGGGUGUAAGACCCCAUCGUAAUUCUCGAACUGUGGAGGAGACCACUGAGAAGUAGCCAGAGGCCUGGCAUCUAUAGAGUAUUUUGCCGAAUUGUGUCUCACAUAGAGUUACUAUUCUAAUUUAUUUUUUAAUUUCUUUUUUGGUUUAACAAGCAUAGUCCAACUUUAAGGGCUCGAUUCUUUUUCCAAGAAAUUAUAUUUCCAAUAUACAUUGUUUAGGCUCAAUCCUAUCUUUUGCUGCUGCUGCUACUACAAAGGGGAUUUAUACAUGUGAUUACGUGAGCAACUUUUUCUACGAGUAAACCCAGAGCCGCCUACAGUUUAUGUCACUUUAUUGGGUUGGAUUUUAUUUUGUGUUGCACAUUACAAAUUUUUCAUUGAGGUUAGGGUUAAAUGGUUUAAAUGGCUUUUUAAUUCAGGUGGAUUUUGAAUUUCAAUCCCUGUGAAAAAAUUAUUGGAAAAAAAUUGGCCUGAAUGGGAAAUUUUCCUAAACUAUAUAAAGUUAUUUUAUUUCUUUUGAAUGGAGUUAUUUUUCUUUUUCCUUACUCUCUGGUUUGUUGCAUCCAUCUUUGUGUGGGGUUACCAUUUUUAGUUUGUUGGUUACCAAAAGAAAUAACUUUCAACACAUACUGCACCUCAAUAAAGCACCGCCAAUCUGUUUCAAUUUUUUAC